AAAACCCUAACACACAUCAAACGAGAUUCAUUUAAUUCUCACAAAGGUACUACCGCAUAGGUUAUUUAUUGAUAACUCUGCAACCAUGGAGGGUUCUUCCAUAACUAUCCAAAAUUUCAGUAAUAUUGCUCUCCCCGAUAAAGCCCCUAACGUGGCCAAACCUUUGGCCCAGAAGCAAGGCACUCAUCCACUUUUGCCCUGCCAUGCCCCUGGAUUACCUCGAUGUGUGACCGAUGUUCUGGCAGUACCGCCAGCCGAAACCCUAUGGAAGUUUAUUGAGCUGCCAUGGGUCAAGAAGACAAAGAUCUUCCACUGCGAGCCGCCACCGGAGCCAAGUCAUCCGAAGCGAAGAGGCUCACAGCUUGCCAAGGAGGAGGUGGAGGAGGAGCAGGCCAGCGAGCAGUCGUCACCGCCCACAAUGGAUGAGGAAAUGCAGCUGGAGGACAUUCUGGCAGAGGUGAAUCGCAUUAAAGGGCGCGUGGGAGAGGUGGAUCGUCAGCUGGAGUCCCGCAUACCCGAUUGCCCGGACAUCGAUCCCUGCGUGAGCAUGGACGUGGAGCUGCUGGCGUUCAACACCAAUCCCGAUAUCUUGGAGCUGCAGCGCAACACCCACAAGCUGCGCCAGCAGUUGGCGGAGCUCCAGCUGUGCCGCGUGGCCACGGACAAAAACAUAAAGGACAUGCGUGCCAGCGUUUGCCGGGAGAUGGAGCAUGCCGAUCGCCUGCAGAAGCGCCUCAACGAGCUGGACUCCUUCAAGCGUACCCUGGAGCGAGAGCAGGCCAUUUGCAAGCAGCGCUUCCACUUCGUGGAGCAGGUGAAGGUCGAUGGCGGCGAGUGCAACAAUUACUUCGACUCUGAGCGAAAGCUGAUGGAGUGCUACCUGGACAGGCUGGUCACCAAGCUGGACUACCAGCAGCAGAAGCGUCGGGCCCUCAAGGAUAUCGACUAUGUGAAACUGAAGGCCAAGAAGUUCCACGACCACAUGUUCUACGCAAUUGACAAGCUGGACGCCUUCAUGGGCACCGACGGACGCAUGCAUCCGCCGGAGCUGUUGACCUUCCUCUCCCGCAACGAGAAGUUGUUCGGCCCCUGUACCUAUUAAACGCACAAAUCUGUCUUCAAAUGGUUCAAUUUGUCUUCGACAAAUGGGGCUAGGGGGGUCAAGCCGCUCCCCAAAACAUGGCACGGAGAUGAUUAUGUUGUCCUGUCUGCUGUAGCCCUGGCGACAGCUGUCACAAAUGUUGCUGGCAUUCCAGAUAUUCUUUAGGCGGAGAAGGUAUUGACGACUGUCGCGUCACUAAGGUUGACAGGCAGCUUAAAAACAGAGUAUUAUUUAAUACUUGGGCAACCAAAAAACAACACAAUAGAAGUCAUUUA